AUGUGGGACUCUGUAUCUCCAUCACAGGACGACGCCAACUACCGUCACUGUCGUCGGCAUCGCCUCCCGUCUUCAAUCUCAGGAUCGCAGCCGACGCCUAUGGGCAGACCUCGCAUGGGUGCUGAUGAGCUUGUGUUCGGACGAGUCUCGAGAUCGGACGGGUCUCAGUAUUGGAGAGCUAGUCAUCGGGAGACUGUCAGAUCGGACUCAAUGGUCAGGCUGAUCGAUAGUGUGGAGGUGGUCGAGGAUGGCAACGGCAAUUCCAGUUCUCCGAUGAGGAAGUUCUCUGAGCUGUUUGGUCUGGGAGGAAAGAAGGGUUCGAUGGAUGACGAUGGAAUGAUGGAGAAGGAGGAGGUCAAGAAGAGGAAGGCUUCGAGGAAGUUGAGUGAAGUGGUGUUUGGUGAUGCUGCUGGCGGAGGCGAGAAGAGCGGUUGGAGGAGGCGUUUGAGCUCGCUCACAUCGUGGAAGGGAAAGUUGCCGGCGAGGAAAGAUUCGGCGUGGCCUGCGAUGGUUGACAAUGAUGGUAAGGACGCGGAACUUAACCCUAUCGUGCCUCAGAACACUGCUGCGGGCCCGAGGGUCAAGUGUCACCCAUAUCCGAGCCAGAUCGAUCAGUAUGAGAACUGGCGACCUUCGCAAGAGGCCGAGAUUGUCAGCGCUCAUUGGACACCAUCCCACUCCGCUGCUCACUCGCAGACGAAUUUGCUUCAACAGAAGUCGGAGGCAUUCGCCCAGCGGGAGGACACCCAAGAACUGAUGGAGUGCCUUCCGCAUCUGGAGCGACACCGGAAAGUCUCUCAAUGGCCAGAGCUGCAGCGAGCCUCCUCGAACCUGGUCCUGGCGCACAAGGCAAUCACGCCUCCACAUAUCGACUCCUCCAGUCUGGCACCUCCCGGUCUGAAUGAGAACGCUCGGAGGUCUGUUGAGCGGGUCCAUCAAGCUUAUGAAGAGGGUCGCUUCAACGAGGACAAGAUCGAUAGGAUGUUUGACGACGAUCGCCAAGAUUCGCCGGACGCUGAGAUGACGGCACGAGAUGACUAUCUUCGUGUUGUUGCAGCCAAACGUACCGGCUUGGCCGAAGCGUCUGCACAUGCAUUCCAGUCGCAAGAGCAACAUAUAGACUCAGAGCGCGCUUUCUGCAGUAACUGUUGCCCUCAGAAGAAGUAUCCGGCCCGAUAUCGAAGGAGACCACAGACUGGCGAAGGGAAGCAGAGCAAGCCAAGCGUCGGAAGCGAGAUGGCGCAGCUCGCCGGUGUUAUUGGAACGUCUAUGCAGCAAGCCCACACAUUCAUGUAG